UAAAUAAAUAAAAUCUUAAAAAGAAAGAAAGUUAAAAAGAUAAAAAGAAAGAAAGCUAUCAGCAGGAAAUGAUCAAUGCAAGGAAACCAAAUGUGUGGGAAUCUGGGGAAUAGCAUUCCAGGCCCUGAGGCAGGAAUGCACUUGCUGUGUUUGAGGAAUGGUGAGAAAAAAACUAGAAUUUGGUAAGGGCAGGGCACAUGGUAGAUGUGGUCAGAGAGAAGAGUGGGUAAAGCCUGGAUUUCAGGGGAGGUUCUCAAGCAGUGAGAUUCAUGCUCUGAUAUAUGAUUUAAAGACAGCACUCUGGCUCUGUGUGGGGGACCACCUGCAGGGGUCAGGGUGGAAGUGGGGUGCUGCUGCUUUCAGGGCCAAGGGUUGGGGCAGUGCCUCAGUGAGGCAUGGCGAUGGAGGAGGGAGGUAGCAGACCCAGGAUCUGUUUUUCAAGCAGAACAGACAGGACUUGCUGAUGGGGGGAAGGAGUAUGACAGGGAGAUGAAGGGAGAGGUCUCCCCCUGCUGCUCUCUGCCCCCUCCCCUCACCUUGUGUCAGCCUCAGUGCCUCCCUGGCCCUGGGUGGGAGGGGAGUAGGGAUCAGAGGAAGGAAUGGAGUGCUCAGUGCUGUGCUCACUGGAAGCUCAAGGUCUGUGGGAACCUGGAGGAUGAGUUCUCCAUCAUCAACUUGGGGAAUCAGAGAAGGCUUCCUGGAGGAAGGGGUAUCUAAGUAGAAACCCAGAGGACGAGGAGGCAUUCAGCACAAGGCAGGGGAGGAAGUGAAGGUUUGGGGCAAUGAAAAGGUGCUCACAGAACUGAAGGAAGUGGGAGGCUGCCAGAAGCCCGAGCGGGAGAGGCAACAGUGAACCAGCCAUGAAGCUGGGGGAAGAGCUGGCUGGGCAGACACACUCCCCAAGGGCCUCAAAGGUCCCACUGAGAGGUUUCCAUUCAAUUCUGAGUACACUAGCUUUCAAAUGGGUGGUGAUGUUCUGCUUUUUAAACAGCAGAACCAGAUUUCCUGUGAACGCAGGUGAGAGGGGAGCAGCUGUGGGGAGCAGGGCCCAUGGCCGUCAGCUGAAGCCAGGGAAUAAGGUUGAAAAGACACCACUGUGGCUCAAGCAUGUUUGGGCAAAAAAGGGCCUCUGACGAACCAUCUUAAUCUAAAAUUCAUCGCAAGGGCACAAGUGGAUUCCAACGGUCAAAGACUCAGUCCUCAAAGGUCCUAUAGAUGCUGCUUCUUCUAAAGCAUCCUUCAGAGUCACAACUCACUUUUCACUUACUGAGCACCUGCGGGUGACCUCCUAGAGUAGAGGUUAAGGGCACAGGUUGUGUGGGCCUGCCACUAGUGAACUGUGUGACCUUGGUGUGUUACUUAAUCUGAGCCUCAGUUUCCCCCACCUGCAAAGUGUGGGUGGUAAUCAUAGACCCCAGUCCUUGAAUUACUGUGAGGAUUAAGUGAGUUAAUGAUUAAAGUAUCAAGAAGACUGUCUGGUGCAUAUUUAGGGCUCCGUGAGUGCAUUUUCAUGCAAUGCAGCCCAUUUGGUCUUUACCAAAACUUAGCAAAGUUGACAUUAACCUCAGAAGGGGAAACUGAGGCUCAGAGAAGUGAAGUGACUUGUACGAGGUCCCAUAGAAAGUAAGUGGAGGGAGAGAGAGUUACGGGUGACUGAGUCCAGUGCUCUUGGAGGGUUUUGUGUGUCCUUCCUCGUGAACACUCAGUAUGCAUUCUGGUCCCUUCUGUGCAUUUAUUUGUGACCCUAGUUCCCAGCACAUAGCCAGACUUGAGGAGGCAUUCAGUAAGGUGUGAAAGAGAGAAAGAGAGAAAAAAGGAAGAAAGAAAAAGAAAUGACUUGAUGUGGACUUGUAGCCCUUAACAGGUCCUCAAGCCAUGAGCCACCAGAUCCUGCUGCUCCUGGCCGUGCUGACCCGGGGCGUGCCCAUCUCCCAACAGCAAGAUAAGGCGCCCUGUGAGAUGGUCGACAAGGAGGUAUCGUGCCAGGCUCUUGGCCUGCUCCAGGUCCCGUCGAUGCUCCCGCGGGACAUCGAGGCCCUCGACCUAUCUGGAAACCACCUGCGGAGCAUCCUGGCCUCCCCCCUGGGCUUCUACACGGCACUUCGCCAGCUGGACCUGAGCACCAAUGAGAUCAGCUUCAUCCAGACGGGGGUCUUCCAGGCUCUGCCCCACCUGGAGCACCUCAACCUGGCCCAUAACCACUUGGCGGCGGGUACCGUGCUGAGCACCCCUGGCCUGGGCCCCCUGCCUCGUGUGACCUCCCUGGACCUGUCCGGGAACAGCCUGUACAGUGGCCUGGUGGAGCGGCUGCUGGGGGAGGCGCCCGCCCUGCGCGCCCUCUCGCUGGCGCAGAACAGCCUCACGCGCCUGGGCCGCCGCACCUUCUGGGGCACGCCCGCGCUGGAGCGGCUGGACCUCCACAGCAACGUGCUCAUGGACAUUGAGGACGGAGCUUUCGAGGCCCUGCCCCACCUGGCCCACCUGAAUCUCUCCAGGAACUCCCUCACCUGCAUCUCCGACUUCAGCCUCCAGCAGCUGCGUGUGCUCGACCUGAGCUGCAACAGCAUCGAGGCCUUUCAGACGGCCCCAGACCCGCAGGCUGAGUAUCAGCUGGCCUGGCUUGACCUGCGGGAGAACAAACUGCUCCACUUCCCAGACCUGGCCUCGCUUCCCAGACUCCUCUACCUGAACGUGUCCAACAACCUCAUCCGGCUCCCGACGGGGCUGGCCCAGGGCGGCGAGGGCAUCCACGCACCUUCUGAGGGGUGGUCGGCCCUGCCCUUCUCCAACCCCAGCCGGAAUGCCAGCGGCCAUGCCCUCUCCCAGCUCCUGAAUCUGGAUUUGAGCUACAAUGAGAUUGAGCUGGUCCCCGAGGGCUUUCUUGAGCCCCUGACCUCCCUUCGCUUCCUGAAUCUCAGCCGGAACUGCCUGCGAGCCUUUGUGGGGCUGCGUGCCGGCUUCCUGCCUUGCCUCGUGCACCUGGAUGUGAGCCACAAUGCGCUGGCGACGCUGGCGCUGGGCACCAGAGCCCUGGGGUCCCUGCGGACGCUGCUUCUCCAGGACAACGCCCUGCAGGACCUGCCCCCAUACACUUUCACCGGCCUGGCCAGUUUGCAGAGGCUGAACCUUCAGGGAAACCAGGUCAGGCCUUGUGGGGGGCCGGCGGGGCCUGGGCCCCUGGGCUGUGUGGCCUUCUCUGGCCUGUCCUCCCUCCGCAUCCUGAACCUGGUGGGCAAUGGGAUGGAACGACUUCAGGCUGGUGCCUUCCUCCACACGCCACUUACUGAGCUGGACCUGUCAGGGAACCCGGGGCUGGAUGUGGUCUCGGGAGCCCUGGCAGGCCUGGAGGCCUCCUUGGAGGUCCUGGCCCUGCAAGGCAAUGGGCUGGCUGUCCUCCAAGUGGACCUGCCCUUCUUCAGCUGCCUUAAGCGUCUCAACCUGGCUGAGAAUCGCCUGAGCCACCUGCCGGCCUGGACACAGGCUGUGUCCCUGGAGGUGCUGGACCUGAGGAACAACAGCUUCAGCCUUCUGCCGGGCAGUGCCAUGGGAGGCCUGGAGUCCAGCCUGCGGCGCCUCUAUCUGCAGGGCAACCCACUAAGCUGUUGCGGCAAUGGCUGGCUGGCUGCCCAGCUGCACCGGGGCCGUGUGGACGUGGACGUGACCCAGGACCUGACCUGCCGCUUCGGCUCCCAGGAGGAGGUAGCCCUGAGCCACGUGCGCCCCGAGGACUGUGAGAAGGGAGGACUCAAGAACAUCAACCUCAUCAUCAUUCUCACCUUUGCGCUGGUCUCGGCCAUCCUCCUCACCACCCUGGCCACCUGUUGCUGUGUCCGCCGGCAAAAGUUCAACCAACAGUACAAAGCCUAGAGAACCCAGGGGGCUGCAGAGUGGCGCAGUGGGGAGACCUUCUGGGUCAGCCGGGGAGCCAGAGGCCCAGACAGGGGUGGGGACUGGCCCAAGGUCACAUGGUGAGCCAGGGUCAGGGAAUGGUAGUCUCUCCAUCCCAGCCCAGGGCUCCUCUCCUCAUGUCCCGCAGUCAUGGUGGACAGCCCACAUCCCAGGCCACACGUGGGGUCCAGCCAUGGGGGCCAGAAGUUGGGCACUUUCAGGAGCGACAGAGAAUAAGGCUGACCUGUUCGAUCAGCAGAUCUCUGCCAGGCAUCUGUUCCAUGCCACAUCCAGCUCCAGGCGCUGGGGAUGCCGGUGAAGGAGACACACCCUGCCCUCGAGGGCUCCAAGUUCUGGCAGGGAGCUGCUUGUGGAGCCACAUGGUGACCACACAGGGUGGGAGGCCAGGGCUCUGGGGCACUGCAGCCCCCCAGCUGGCUGGGGAGUGGAGGGUCUCACCCCUGCCAGGGCCAGAGUGCAGGAGGGACAAGACCAGGAAGACUCACCUGAAAUGCAUCCAAGCAGACCAUUGGUUACAUCUUCCCGUAAUGACUUUCAGCUUCUCUGGAGCAUGAAGAGCUCAUGGGUGGAAGGGAACCAGAGGCCCACGAGUAGGUCUUGGAUCUGGCUCUGUGGCUGCAGCAGCUCCCAUGGAGCCUGGAGUUCCCACCCCAGUGCUGGACCAUUCCAUUUCCGGCUCCCACAGGCUCUUUCCCUGCUCAGCACUCCCAGGGUGCAGAUACUCACCCCAGUACUGCUCUAGGCCCCCACCUCCCUCCACAGGCACCCUGUUUGUCCCCAGCACCCACACCCUGGCUGGUGAACCAGGAGUUAGAACCUUAGGUCUCCGGUUCUGUUUUACACCUGGCUUGCUGGAGGUGGGGACAUGUCUGUGUCUUUAUGAGGUUGCUCAGAGGUUGCUAUUUAACCCAUUUUACGGAAACUCCCAAACUCUCCCUUCAGGGUCCUCCAGCCAAGAAAUGCCAGACCUGAGAUUCAGACUCAGCUCCUCCCGUCUCCUCUGCCUGACCUUUGCCACUGUGGGGUGGACAGGAAAUGGCUCCAUGUCGAGGGAGCAGGGCCUGGGAGCAUCCUUUGGGGCACAUGUCCACCCACCCCUCUCCCUCCUCUCUUCCCGGCAGGCAGUCCCAGGCUGCCUUCUCUGCCUCAGUUUCCCUUAUUCCCUUCUUUGCAGGCUGGUGUGUGCUCACCUUUUUCUCUUGCUCUUGCGUUCCCUGUUCAUUGAGCAAGAGCCUGGAGUUUGAGAACAUGGAGGCCAACCUCGCCCAUUGCACAGAUAGGGAAACUGAGGCUGAGGAAGAGACUGGAACUUAGAGAUUCACAAGCCAGUGGCAAAGCCCAUGACUAAAGUGGAUUCAGAGCUCAUUGCAGGUGUGAAGGGGACUUGGGGGCUGGACCUGAGUGAUGUCCUUCUCGCUCAGCUGUCCUAUCACAAGAUAAUUCUGGCUCCAAACACUUUUGGGUCCUCGUCAUGCAGGGACUUUUUCCACCCUGCAAGAGUGGGUAGAAAAACCCAUCUAGAUAUAACUCCCUUUUCCUCAUGCCCUUGGAAUCAUGGCCUGUCCAGGAAGCCCGGGGUCAGCCCAAGUCCCUCUGUUGUUGUCUUCACUAUCUUACCCAUGCUUGGCCCAUGGUCUGGCUCAUGGUGGUGCUCGGUAAAGUUUGAGACAAUGAAAACACCCCUCUCUCUGCCCCAUUUUAUAGACGAGAAAACCGAGGCCCAGAGAGGGUCAAGGACUCAGGGAGUCAGUGGCAGAGCCGAGGCUAGAAGCUGGUGUCCUGGCCUCAGCCUAGGGCCCUGGUGGCGUGUGGGGCAGCCAGGUGGACCCAGUCCUGGUUGGGAUCACAACCACAGGUGCUCACUGCACAGAAACACUCUUCCUCAGGCCUGGAGGGCAAGGUGUGGGCCCCUUCAGGCCUGAUUUCUGAAAACACUACACAAUGCUGCUCUCACCUCCAGGAGCCAGGCCACAAUGCCCGCCUGGGGACCAGCUCUUUGUAUAACCCACAUGAAUGUAUUAAAAUAUAAUUUUGGAGAAACAGUGUGGCCUGCCAGCCUCCUCCUUGCUGUGGACCAUGGGCAUCAUUGCACCCACUUGAACUCCUUCUGCUUCCAUCAUAGUUUUUAAAUCCUCAAGGCAAACUCCACUGAGGGGAGACGGAGGCUCUGGGUCCUCACCACCCUUGACCUUGGGGCCUCAGCCCUCAUUCCCUGGCCACACUUCUGACCCUCGCCUUCAACAA